AUGCACACAUACUUUGGAAGUUGAAAAUCGUGCGAUGGUUCAUUAAUGGCGCUAAUUUCUCGUAUUAACAUAUGAUUGACGGAACUGACAAGUGAUCAAAGCUAAAUCGCAAACUACUGAUUUGUACGUAUGGGACGGCCGGCCGCCGGCCAUGUAAGUAAUUACGUCCUUCAACUUUGAUUGAUGGAUUAGCCUGUUUUGUUCUCUUCUAAGCACAACAAUAAUCGUAUCAAAUCUUCGAUAAAAACAGUGGGCAUGACGAUAAUAUAUAGCACGAGAGUACUUAAUUAAAGAGUUCUCUGUAUAUUCGUUCUUUUAUAAGGGAACCAACAGUUAACGAACAGAGGAAAAAAUACAGGACUUUAUACCGCUUUAGGUAGCUAGUGGCCAAUAUCAAAGUCAAACAGUAGAAUAAAACUAAAGGAUUUCAACGUACGCGACAGAUAUUCAACCACCAGCAGCAAGCAGCAGCUAAAAAAACGUAAAUGAAGCUAAGCUUCGUUUUUCUUCUUCUUCUUCCAUGCUCAAUAAAUUCGUUUCUCGAUCGGCUAGCUGUACCAUAUUUCGUAGCUUGGGUUAGGUAAAUCAUUUCGGUAGGCUACUUCAAUGCUAAGUCGGCAACUCAAUCCAGCUUUGAUAAUAUGGAAAUGGUGUGAACACUCCGUGUUCGUACAUCGUCUUCCAAUAGUUUGAGUUGUUGGAUCGAUAAAGUUUGUCAUAGUGAUAUACUAGUAUAUUUAUGUAUAUGAUGAGCAGUGCUACAAAUUCAUGAUUAUAAAAAAGCGCAAUUAUUCUUACAUGUAAUCGCUAGGCCACACCAAAAUGUCUAGUUUAGAGAUUUCGCAACUAGUUAAGCAUUAUUCAUAAUACGGUGAUGUAGUAAGAUGAUAUUUAGAUGUUGCCCGAGCAUAUAUAAGCGGAGUUAGGGCGCAGAACGAGAAAGUUAACAUAAAAAGGGCAUAAACAACAACUUCUACAUACAAACUACAUAUUCAUUCUCACGAUUACAACUUCUUAAACCUUCCUACGUAUCAAACGAAUGUGUAGCCAGAAUCGGGAGUAAGGAGAGUUCAGCCCCUACCGACAGUUUUUGGCACUGUGCAUGCAUGGGAUCCCUUCAAAUGUAAAGAGGAAGAUUAGUCUUAACUCUUAAGUCCUAACUAACAAUUAUUAUAUUCUAAUGACGAAAUAUAUACAAUAUGUCUUUUUCCUUCUUUUGGAAACUUGUACCAAUUGAGACCUCUAAUUUUCUUUAUUAUUACGUACAAUCCGUCGCCAAGCAUGAUUAAUCAAUUACAAAAAAAUAAAAGAAGGAAAAAGAUGGCGUGGAUGGCUCUGGUUCGCCAUUUUCGAUCGUUAGAUGCGUUUUCCAUGGCAUGCAUAAAAUAAGGUUUAGGUAUAUACAAUUAUACAUUGCCCCGAAAUGAUGAAGGUAGGCUUCACAGAGAAAAAAAAAAAAAAAACAAAGGCACAGUUGAUCGAUGUGAUGUGUGCUCUUCUCUGCAUAUAAUUAAUAAUCAUCAUUGGCUCAUCUCAUCAUUAAUUGAUCAUUUCAUUGAAUUGGCAGCGUUCAAUUUUAGUAGGCGAACUCUUUAGGUAGUCAUUCAAGGUGUUGCAUAAAUUCUUCAUUGCUUGAACGAUAACAUUAUGUACGGGUCAACACAAAGACUGAUAUGAUAAUUUACUUUCUUUAGAGAUUUGUAUCAUAUAUAUAUAUAUAUAUAUAUAUAUAUAUAUGGUGGCUUCUAUCGUACCUUGGGUAAAAUCUCGGGUACGACGUAUCCUAAGUAAGAAAAUGCUAUCUAGACCUAGAAUUAACCGGAUUUUUGGGCAUGAUACUAUACCCUAACCCUUGAUGAGUGAACCCUAGGUCUUAGUUUUCUAAGUUAAAGAUCCUAAUUCCUAAGAUUGUGCCUGUAAUUUGUUGCAUAUAUUUUGACAAAUCAUAGCCGUUGAUUUUUGUUUCUAAUUAAAUUGAUCUUAGUGUAUAAGAUUUAUAGAACUAAUACCUAGAUUUUAAUCCUUAAGGGUUUGGGAAUAAUAUCAUAUGCCAAAUUAUGCUCAAUUCGAGGUCUAGAUAUCAUUUUCUUGCUCAAUGUAUGUCGUACUCUUAGGGCAUGUUUGGAGGUUGUGAUUCAUACAAUUGAUGUAUUCUAUCAAUUUGUGUAUUGUAAUUACAUGUAUUGUCUGAAUAGAUGCAUUUGACAAAUACAUCGUUUGUUUAAUGUGAUUCAACUUUUUUCAAAUAAAAAAAAACAAUACUCAUUUUAGUAAAUAAAGUCAAGUUUGCCCCUUUCGUUAUCAUCAACCCUACGGCUCGAACUUCCUUUCGGAGAGUUGCCGCAUUUUCACUUGAGAACCCUAAAAUCAGAUUCUUUUAUUCCAGUCCCCUUCCCCUCACCGCCCCUGCAACCAACAAUUGCAACAAUAAAAAUUGGAAUCUUGGAACUUCUGGAGACGAAAGAAAUAGCGAGACAAAGUGAGUGAAGCUUUUCCCCAUUAUGACUUUAUAAUUGCUUGGAGCGACGAAUUUUUGCGGCAGAGCUCGGCGACAAUAGAGACGAUGGGGAGCUCGGAGAUCGAGUCCAGAUGGAGGUCGUUUUGGAAAAUUGAAGGUUGUGUGGGAGGUAGGAGACGCAAUCUUACCGAGCAGACUCAUGUUGCUUUCGCUAGAGGAGAGGAAGGAAGAGAUGCAGUCAGUGGCGGAGGAACGACGAUGGGAGAGAGAAGCAAAUUAUUUGGGCAAUUCUAAAAUAAGAUAGAAAUAGAAGGGACAAAUAUGGAAUAAAAAAUUAGCAAACAAUCCUUCAUCAACAAUCUCAACUUUGAGUAGAGAUUUGAAAUCACUCAAUUUGAAGGAUUGUUGGUGGGGUCAGAAAAAGGUAAUACAUGUAUUCUGUUGCAAAAUAAACCAGAAAAACGACUCAAUCUCACCAUUACAUGUAUUCAUUAAAUCAUUCACUUGAAAUCACAUCCUCCAAACAAGCCCUUAAUUUUACCCAAGGUACGAUAAAACCACUAUAUACUCCCAAUUGUGUAUAGUUUUUACUACUUCGGCUUCUUCUUUGGCUUUAAUUUGUAUUUGAUAUGGUCUCAGAGUGUCAAAUUUUAAUUACAUUUUACUCGGUGAUACGUUUCCAAUGGAAUCCUAAAUAGCCAAUCGAUAUAGAGAUUCCGCUCCAUUGGAGUAUGAUGUUGUUAGUUGGAGACAUCUAAGGGGUCCUUUGGAUGGAUCAAUUGAAAAAUGAGAUAAUUUGGCAAAUGGUCUCAUUUUAUAAAUUGAGUUGUCAUUUAAAACGAGUCAAUUUGAAUUGUCUGUCCCCACUCCAAACAAUCGUAAUUGUCUCAAAACGAGUCAAUUUGAAAGUGCCUAGGCAGAAUUGCUUCAUCUAAAUUUGGUGCUGCCAUACGGAUCAAUAUGAUCAGAUUGUUUCAAAAUGAAACAAUUGAGUCAAAUUGAUACGUUAGAAUUCGUCACAAGAACCACCCAAGGAAAUUAUGUGUAUAGCCUAUAUGAACACCAUUCGACGCAAAUUAAGCCCAUGACAUGCAUGAGCUGGGCUUAAUAUACGAUUGGGCAAGUACGUAAAAGUUGGAAAUGGUAAUCCGUAAUUGAAGAUCAACAGGCUAUCUAUAUUGGGCUUUCUCAAAAGGGUAAUUUAGGCCUCAAUCAAAUAUUGGCCCGACCCACGAUAAACGAGCCUGAGCAAAACGUCGUCGGAGUUUCUAGCCUUCUUUGGUCUUUUGGCGUUUACCCGCGCCGCGAUCACGCGUCGUCUCCUUUUCAACUUUUCUGGAUCGAAUAAUAAUCUUCCCGGUGGCUUCGUCCUCCUCCUUCCGCCACCACGAUUUCCUCGACUAACAACUACCUGAACCCUAAUAUUCCCAAAUCCAUCUCCCAGAAAUUCACCCAGUUCCAGAUUCCCAAUUCAUAAUAUCAUUUGUCUUCCUCCUGAGAGUUGGGGCUUUCGACGUACCAUUGAUUUUUCCAUUGUUGUAAAUCAGAAAGAUAGUUGAGCUUCGCAUUCGUUAGCGCAAGUCUUCCAUUUGAUCGACGAUUUUCGCAUCGGAUCAAACCGAUCCGAGUUUGAAGAAUCUCCGAAGAUGGAGAAAGUGAGGAACUUGAUAAAGCCCAAAGCGAAUCCACAGCAGCAGCUGAGGGAUUGGCAGCGGAGGCUCCGUCAAGAGUGCCGCAACAUUGAGCGUCAAAUCAGAGAUAUUCAGAGAGAAGAGAAGAAUGUACAGAAAGCAAUCAAAGAAGCAGCCAAGAGAAACGACAUGGGUUCUGCUAAGUCGCUUGCUAAGGAACUUGUGAGAUCUAGGCAAACAGUGAACCGUCUUCAUGAGAACAAGGCGCAAAUGAACUCAAUAUCAAUGCACCUUGGAGAAAGCGUUGCAAUUGCACGCACUGUGGGACACCUGUCGAAGAGUGCCGACGUUAUGAAACUGGUCAAUAACCUGAUGAAAGCUCCUGAAGUUGCAGCUACUAUGCUAGAGUUCAGCAAAGAAAUGACCAAGGCUGGAGUGAUUGAAGAGUUUGUGAAUGAAGCUGUGGACAAUGCUCUGGACACGGAAGAUAUGGAGGAGGAGAUUGAGGAAGAAGUGGACAAGGUGUUGACUGCUAUAGCUGGCGAGACUGCAGCUGAAUUACCGCAAGCAGUCAGAAAGGAGAGAGUAAAGCAACCAGCUCAAACUGCUAGAGCAGCAGAGGAAGAAGCCAUUGCUGAGGGUGGCGAUGAUGAGGAAGAACUAGAAGAGAUCAGGGCUCGACUCGCCAGAGUUAGGUCAUAAGCAAUAUCAGUUCCUUUUAACUGCUCAUCUUUUCGACACUGAGCUUCUUUACCUCGACAUAUUAUUGCUGCAGAGGGAACUCUGAUGUAUAACGGGGAAUCGGACUAAAAGGAGAGGUGUUCGUGUUCUGUAUAAAUUUAGCAGCCUGUAACUCAAGUGGCCGCCAUUGGUAUCCUUACUUGAUGACAUAUUGUUUUGCGACUAUUUCACACACCUCAUUUGUAUAAAAUGGAAGUAGAUGAUGAAGAAGUAGUUAAUAUCUUUUCAACUUUUCAAUGGCUUGGCUUCUAUGUGACCCUUGAGAUCACGGUUCACAGUUCAUCCGUAAGCCUGCAUGUUCUGCCACUUUGAUCGUCCCGUGCUUUUAUCUGUGGCUGGACUGAACAAACUGCACAAUAACAAACAGAACCCUUGUAUCUCAGAUAUCUUGCACGCAAAGAUCAUCAUCUCUUUCCCUAAUAAUCCUUCUCAAAAGACACAGGAGAAAAUGGCCUAAAAUAUCUAGAUGAAAAUUCUGUUAUCGGUAUAGUAAAGCAAACAGCAAAGAGAACUACCAGAAUAAUAACAACAACCAAGGGGAAAACUAACUUGAAAUGCAUUUCUGUUGAGACCUUUCCCCCAAAGUAAUUCAAUACGUCAAGAUUUUAGUCAAUUCGAGAAACUGGAUAGGUAGGGAAGGAGGCAACAUUUACUAUAAGUUUUUACAUAUAGCGAGAGGGUGUGAACUUAUUCAUUACAAGUAGUUGUUCUGAUCUAUCUAAAACAAUCGAGAGGGGUGUGAACUUACAGUGAAAAUAUCGAUUUCGAAUAAGGUGAUUCUUGGUUAAAAUUUUUUACUAUAGUCAUUGUGAAGAAUACCACUUAUUAGAAGUUGUGAUGCAUUUGUAUUAAUUUCUUCCAUCAUGAUUGAGCCGAAGAUCUUAGUAAUUACUUGUACAUGAUAUCUUUGAUGGUGAAAAUAAAUAUGCCAACAUUUUAUUUGAUUUGUGAAAAAAAGUACAGUUGUGAUUACUCAAUUUAGAAAUAUUGUUUUGUCAUGGGGAUAUUUAACAGCUUCCUAGUAUGUGCCAAUUUAACCACAUGGUUGUUAGGCAAAACUUGACUCUUUGACUCUUUGUGCAUGGUUACUGAGAAUCCAUCCACAUAAAUGAAAACGGUUGGGAUAUUCCUCGACACUCGACAGUUAUUACUUCUUACUAGGGGUGUAAGUUCGGGUCGGGUUCGGUUACCCAAAACUGAACCCGAACCCGAUAAGGACUUGCGGGUUCCGGUUACUCGAAACCCGAAAUUUUUUUAUGUGGUUCGGUUAAAGCAAAACCGAAACCCGAACGUCUAAAAAUACGGGCUGAGUUCUAUUCAUUGGAGGUUUUUAGCCGGAAAUCGAAAAACCGAUCACUAAAACCGAAUCCGAAAC